AUGGGUUGUCAUGUUCUCAAUACUAAACAAUCAUCUGGAACUCUACAACAGGCCUGUCUAGAGAUAGUCAUGACCCUAAAAGAAGAUAAGGAUCGCAAAAUCAACAUUAAGACUCUUACCCAGCAGAUAGCCAAAAAGCACCAGCUCAAAGAUACGCCAAAAUUAUCCCAAAUCUUAGCAACUGUCCCGGAAGAGGAAAAGGAUGUUUUAGCCCGAUUAAGAGUAAAACCCGUCCGCACAGCUUCCGGAGUAGCUGUAGUAGCUGUCAUGGCUAAGCCACAUCGUUGUCCACAUAUUGCCAUUACUGGUAACAUCUGUGUUUACUGUCCAGGUGGUCCUGAUUCUGAUUUUGAGUACAGCACUCAAUCGUAUACGGGCUACGAACCCACUAGUAUGCGCGCCAUUAGAAGUAGAUACGAUCCUUAUAAACAAAGUAGAGAUAGAUUAACCCAACUAUCUAUUUUAGGUCAUAGUACAGAUAAGGUUGAGUAUAUUAUUAUGGGAGGUACAUUUAUGUCUUUAGACCGUCAGUACCGUAGCUGGUUCAUCACUAAAUUACAUGAUGCUCUUUCUGGUCGUGAGUCACACUCCUUAGAAGAGGCUAUUUUCUUCAGUGAGCGUAGUCCUAACAAAUGUGUUGGUUUAACGAUUGAAACUCGUCCGGACUUCUGUAUGGAAAGUCAUUUAAACGAUUUACUCUCUUAUGGCUGCACUCGUUUAGAAGUAGGCGUACAAAGUGUUUUUGAAGAUGUUGCAGUUGAUACUAAUAGAGGACACUCAGUCCGAGAUGUUUGUGAAUCUUUCAAACUAACUAAAGAUACGGGAUAUAAGAUAGUUACGCAUAUGAUGCCCAAUCUACCCAAUGUAGAUAUGGAAAGAGAUGUUUUACAGUUUCAUGAGUUCUUUGCUAAUCCUAAGUUCCGAACCGAUGGACUUAAGAUUUAUCCUACUCUAGUUAUUCGUGGCACCGGGUUGUAUGAACUUUGGAAGAACGGCAAGUACACUAACUACUCACCUAACGACUUAAUUGAUCUCCUGGCCAAAAUCUUUGUGAUGGUUCCUCCUUGGAUUCGUAUCUAUCGCGUACAAAGAGAUAUUCCAAUGACUCUAGUUAGUUCUGGAGUCGAACAUGGUAAUAUUCGUGAGAUAGUUCUGGCCCGAAUGGCUGAGCAAGGCUUUGCCUGUCGUGAUAUUCGCACACGAGAAGUAGGUAUUCAGAACAUUCAUACGCAAGAGUUACCCGAUAAAGUAGAGCUUGUCCGUCGGGACUAUUUCGCUAGUGGUGGCUGGGAGACUUUCUUAGCCUAUGAAGAUACGACUAAGGAUAUUCUAGUUGGUCUUUUACGUCUCCGUCGACCGGGCCGUCAUCUUUUCCGACCUGAGUUACAAGGUGCCGUAAGUAUUAUCCGCGAACUUCAUGUCUAUGGCAGUGCCGUUCCAGUCGAAGGUCGGGACCUAAGUAAAUUCCAGCACCAAGGCUAUGGCAAACUGCUUAUCCAAGAAGCCGAGCGAAUUGCCCAAGAAGAGCACCACUCAACCAAAAUAGCCAUUAUUUCCGGAAUCGGCACUCGCAACUACUACCGCAAACUCGGCUACUACCUCGAUGGCGCGUACAUGUCCAAAGACCUACCGGCCACCCACUAG